AUGUGCGAUGUGGUACUACUGUGUAGAGUUAGCGAUGGAAUGACUUUGGUUGAAACGAACAGUGAGACAAAAAAUGUAUCUCAUAAAUUAGAAUUAAAAAAAUUGUGUAAAAAACUGCAGACAUUUCCAAAUUUAUCAACUGUAACGUCUAAUCAGUUCAAUUAUCACUUUCUUAUUGAUAAUGGAAUAGCCUAUAUAGCAGUGUUUCCUGUAACUUACCCAAAAAAAUUAGCCUUUUUAUUUUUGAACGAUAUUUGUAAACAUUUUAAUGAAGAAUUGAUGAUACUGUAUGGAACACAUUCAAUAGAUUAUAGAUCAAUUAUAGAAACUAUUGAAAAACCCUAUUCCUUCAUAAAAUUCGAUAGAAAAAUUACAAAGAUAAAACAGGAAUAUAAAGACCCGCGUUCUAACAUCGCAAUAAAAAAACUAAAUGAAAGCCUCAACGAAGUCAGUAGCAUUAUGAAAAAAAAUAUAGAUGACAUCCUGCUUAGAGGGGAAAAUUUGGAAGACGUUGGGAGGAAAGCCUUCAAUUUGAAACACGAAUCUGAAAAGUUUAAAAAAGUUUCAAGAGUUUUAAGUCUAAGAUAUACUUUGUAUCAGUAUGGAAUCUUCAUUUCGAUAAUUUUUUUUUUUUUUUUAAUAAUACUUUUUAAAUAUUAUUUUUAA